AGAGAAAGCUAGGGUUUACACUGCCGCCGCCGCCAUGGGACACGAAAACGUCUGGAACUCGCACCCCAAGAACUACGGCCCCGGAUCCAGGGUUUGCCGUGUCUGCGGCAACUCGCAUGGCCUGAUCCGGAAGUACGGGCUGAUGUGCUGCAGGCAGUGCUUCCGCAGCAACGCCAAGGAAAUCGGCUUCAUCAAGUACCGUUAAGAUUGGAAACCUCAAAGGAAGCAUGGAGUAGGAAGCCAUCAUCAAAGUGUGUUGUUUCAUCGAGGACGAUCUUUAUUAUAUAUCAUGUAAUGGACUAAAUGUUUUAAUCGGAGUAACAAACGUUUGCACCGUGUUGGUGACUGCUGCUUGAGCAUGCAAAACAGAUAAUUGUGUUGCUAUUGUGUCUCGUUAUGUGUCGGUGUUCCUACUUUUAUUUUUCUCAUGAAAGCUGGUCGCACUUCCGUUUGGUGCUCAUUUUACAUUCCACAUGUUUGUAUCUA